AUGCUGCUGCUGGACGACCAUCCGGCCCGUUCUGGUUCGCCCAGUGCUGUUCUGGAGCCGCCAGCGAAGAGGCUAAAGCACGGUAGUUGCGCGGAAAGCGACAGUGAGGAUUUAUUGCUGGAAAAUGUCGAAAAUGGCGAAAAUGGUGCCGAGGUCGUGGAGAUGCCCGUGACUUUGGGCGGCUAUAAAACGACUGCCGAGGGGAAUGUAGACGAAAUUGACCCCCAAACACAAGUGGUAGUGGAUCUGGGAGGCGGUUCGGGUGCCGAGUCGGAUUCGUCGGAAUCUCUCGACUUGGACCUCAUAUCUGAAUCUGAAUUUCGCCAGAUAAUCGCUGAAACUCCCGACGAAUCUUCUAUUGAGGAAACCAGAGUAUUCCUCAAGACUUUUGGACCCGUGGAGUUCUUGCAAAAGUAUCUCCCUACCACCGCUACCAGCCGCAACAUUUUGGAGGUGAUAGUGAGACUUGGAUUUGUUCCUCGAGACGUCGCCAUAGAUGGUACUGGAGACCAAAUAUCGGGCCUUAUUCGGCUUUUAAACCAGGCAAUGAAGUCUGUGCUCACCACGAGAACCCGUCUUGAACACUUUUACUCACUUGAACAUGUUAUUGAUGGACUCCAAUCCGCCAAAAAAAUCCUCGUUUUAUCUGGAGCUGGUAUAUCCACCAGUUUAGGAAUACCAGAUUUCCGUUCUUCACAAGGAUUUUAUGCCAAACUAGAGCACUUGGGGCUCUCGGAUCCCCAGGAUGUGUUUGAUCUUGGCAUUUUCCACACAGAUCCUACGGUAUUCUAUCUGAUUGCUCACAUGAUUCUUCCUCCAGAGCACAGCUUUACGCCCAUGCAUGCGUUUAUAAAGACCCUCGACGACAAGGGAAUACUACUCCGAAACUACACACAGAAUAUUGAUAAUCUUGAAAGCAAUGUGGGCAUUAAUUCGGAUCGUGUGGUUCAAUGCCAUGGUUCAUUUGCAACCGCUACUUGUGUCACCUGUAAAAAUACCAUUCCUGGUCACGAAAUCUUCGAAUGUAUACGGAACAAAGAGGUGGCCUACUGUACAAAAUGUACCAAUUCUCGUCUUGCCUUGAUGGAUAAAGACGACGCAUACGUACCGGAGAGUUAUGGAGUGAUGAAACCAGAUAUCACUUUUUUCGGAGAACUGCUUCCCGCCAAGUUUCACGACACCAUCAACGAAGAUUUGCAUGAAUGUGACCUUGUAAUAAGCGUGGGAACGUCCUUGAAAGUUGCUCCUGUGGCCGAUAUAGUGGACAAAGUACCACCUUCGGUUCCACAAAUUCUUAUAAAUCGGGACCCCAUUACCCACUGUAAUUUCGAUGUAUCAUUAUUGGGCUACUGCGAUGAUGUUGCUGAGCUCUUGGAGAGGAAACUAGGAUGGAAAGAUGAAAAAGAAAAAAGUGAAAAAUUUCAAGUGGUGGAGGUGGAAAAUCGUAUGUAUAAAAUUGGUCAAUUGGAUUCCGAGUCUACAAAAUUGAGAAUUGAUACUCAUGGCGAUACUCCUGGUAAUACUCCUGCCAAUGCUCCUGCAAAAUCCAGUCCAGAGCCCACACCGUAG